CCUGGAUCUUCCCCGCAGAACUGCAAUAUGAACGCCAGUGGCAAGAAUGAGCGCCGUUUGCCGCUGGUCUUCAUGGCCCUCGUCGUCAUUGGCCUCGGAAACAAAAUCUUUCAAAAGCUCCAAACCAUCCCCAUGCACAACUACCCCAACUUUAUCAACCUACUCAGCACGUUUGUCUACAUCCCAUUGAGCUUUGCGUACAUCUUGCCGAUGAUCAAGUACGGGAAUGCGAUUACAGUGGACCAACGCCGCAUCCCAAAGCGUAAGUUCGCUGUCAUGGGCGCUUUGGACAGUGUCGCGGGUAUCCUGCAAGUGUUUGCAGCGACAUACUUGGGCGGUUCGUUGCUCAUUUUGUUGGGCCAGGCCGCCAUUCCUGUGAGCAUGGUCAUUUCCAAGGUCCUGCUCAAGACGAGCUAUUCGUGGUUCCAGUACGUCGGGGCGUUGGUCGUGGCCGUCGGGAUCUUGGUCGUAUUGGGUCCUUCCAUGCGUUCUGUGGAUGGGGGCGACCACAACACGGCCGUCUGGGCCGCGGUGAUGAUUGCGAGCUGCGUCCCCAUGUGUCUAUCCAGCGUGUACAAGGAGAUCGCAUUGGGCCAAGCCGAGCUCGACGCCGUGUACCUGAACGGAUGGAUCGCCGUGUUUCAGUUCAUUCUGAGCAUCCCGCUGUCGAUUCCCGCGGCCAUGAUUGGAUCCCCGCCGGUGCCGCCGCGCGACCUCCCCCAAAACCUGUACGACGGCAUGCGCUGCUACAUGGGGCACAACACGAUCGUGGACGGGCCACACCCGGACGACUGCGACAAGGCCACGCUCUUCGUGACCAUCUACAUCUUGUUCAACGUCGGGUACAACCUGCUGAUCAUCCUCAUGCUCAAGUUUGGCAGCGCCAACCUGCUGUGGCUCGCCAUGACCAUCAUGGUGCCGCUGGGGAACGUUGCGUUUACGUUUCCGUUCAUGCCCGAGCAUCAACCCCUGCACACAACCGACGUCGUGGGGCUCGUCGUCAUCAUGACUGGGUUGUUUGUGUACCGGUUCCUGCAAGACAUUGUGGCCGCUCGAAAGAGUUCUGCGGCCGAGUCCGAUUUGAAGGAGACGCUCAUGUCAAGUUAUUGAGAGUUUCUUCAUCAUCAUGAUAAGGACCAAACACACCGUGGAGAUGGUAGUUGUUUUUUAAAAUACAACGUGUUGGUGUGUGGAUA